CAGCAUCAAGCCAAACUUAAGGCCAGGGCUAUAAUUAGAGGGAACCAUGAGGUAUAUAAGCCCCCUGGGGGACGAGGCCCAGACGCGGCUUCACACAGUCUUCUCUUCUUUGAGCUUCUUAAACAUCACAUACACACCGUCUCAAUGGCACCCAAGAAGGCCAAGAGGAGGGCAGGAGGAGGAGAGGGAUCCUCCAAUGUGUUCUCCAUGUUCGAGCAGAGCCAGAUCCAGGAGUACAAAGAGGCUUUCACAAUCAUUGACCAGAACAGAGACGGGAUCAUCAGCAAGGACGACCUGAGGGACGUGUUGGCCUCAAUGGGUCAACUGAAUGUGAAGAACGAGGAGCUGGAGGCCAUGAUCAAGGAGGCCAGCGGCCCCAUCAACUUCACCGUCUUCCUCACCAUGUUCGGAGAGAAGCUGAAGGGUGCUGAUCCCGAGGACGUCAUCGUGUCCGCUUUCAAGGUCCUGGACCCCGAGGGCACAGGAACCAUUAAGAAGGCGUUCCUGGAGGAGCUUCUGACCACUCAGUGUGACAGGUUCUCCGCAGAGGAGAUGAAGAACCUGUGGGCCGCCUUCCCCCCAGAUGUGGCCGGCAACGUCGACUACAAGAACAUCUGCUACGUCAUCACACACGGCGAGGAGAAGGAAGAGUAAGAGGCAGAGUAAAGAAGAAGAAGAAGAAAUGAACACGCGUCCUUCACAACCGCUCCACCCCACCAGCCCGUCCUCCGUCCCUCCUUUUCUUGCUUCCUUCCUUUUUGUUACUCUCGAGCACUUCGUCUUUUCCACGCAGUCCUCCGAAAGACUCGUCUCGUAAAUUCGCCGGCGCAGGAAAUCCGUGUCCGUGGCGUCUGUUCGUGGGGGGAAAAAGGGAAUCAUUUGCAAUAAAAUCGAAUUUACCUUCGUCUCGAUCUCUCUUUCUGUCACUCCUUUUCCCCUCUUUUCUUCUCAUCACCUCUUGUUCACAGCUGAAACAGCUGAUUUGUUUACAUCGCACGUCGUUUUUCUUUUUUUUUUCUCGGGGAGGGCGGACGAAAGACAAAAUGGAGGGAUUUCCUUCUACAAUAGAAAAGUCCACCAUCCAGCGUCUGUCAUCUUGUUUUCCUCAAUUAGUCCAGAAAAGAAGGAGAAAUGUCCAAAAAAAUAAACAACAACAACAACAAUGGGGAGGAAGCACUUGGAGCGAUGGAGAGAGAGAGAGAAAAGAGAAGGGAAGAGAAGAAAAGAGAAGGUCAAUCCAUGACAGUAGAGGAGUGGAGAGAGGCGAAAGAAAGAAACCAUUCCCUUCUUCUCUCCCUCUCUCCCCUCGUCUUUUCGUGAUCCCUCACUUCCCUCAUGCUUUGCUGUCACCAACUUCUCUGUAAGCAAUAAAAAGGGAGAAACUGUGAAUAAAGCGACCUUAUAUUUUGUA